AGUUAAGGAUCCUUGAGACAAUUUCUCUAAAAUUCAAUCUCUCACUCUCCUGCUAUGUUGUACCAGUUCACCUAGCUCAGUGAGUCGGAGAACGAAUCAGCACAGCAAUGGAGUCGGCUCUGCGAGUUCGAAGCUUGAACGAAGUUCCUUCGGCCGGAGACUUCGCGUCUGGGAUCGAAUCCACGAACGUUCCCGCCGUUUUUAGCGGCUGCGUCAAAGAUUGGAAAGCUUUCUCCAAUUGGAAUCCAUGUAAUGGCGGUCUCGAUUAUUUGCAGGAACGAGUCGGAUUGUGUGUUGUGGAGGCUAUGCUAUCUGAUUCGGCACCUGUCUUCUACGGUGAUAUUAGAAGCCAUGAGAGGGUACCGCUGCCAUUUUCUGCAUUCAUUGGUCUAUGUAAGAAACGCAUGCAUCAUUCAGAGGAUGGUUCCUGUGUUAAAUUAGAUCGGCAUGGGCUACCGGAGGCUUCAUCUGAGUAUGACAGUAAGCCAUAUGAGGAUGCUCCUCACCAAAUCUAUUUAGCACAGGUCCCAAUAAUCAAUACUGAAACUGAAGAGAGGGUUCAACUGGGAUCUUUGAGGGAGGACAUCCAAACGCCUGUAUUUUUGGAGGAUAAAGUACUAGUUGCUAUCAACCUGUGGAUGAACAAUGCUCAAGCUAGAUCAAGCACUCACUAUGAUCCACACCAUAACCUUCUCUGCGUAGUCUCUGGCUGCAAACAAGUGGUUUUGUGGCCUCCUUCAGCAAGUUCUAUGUUAUACCCUAUGCCAAUAUAUGGGGAGGCAUCAAAUCAUAGUUUUGUUCCUUUAGAGAACCCAAACUUUUCAAAUUAUCCAAGAGCACAAUGUUUAAUGGAGCACUCGCAGAAGGUUAUUCUUCAGGCAGGCGACGCACUUUUCAUUCCUGAAGGCUGGUUCCACCAGGUGGACAGUGAUGAUCUAACCAUUGCCGUGAACUUUUGGUGGCGGUCCAAUGUAACGUUAAACAUGUCAGAACACAUGGAUGCAUAUUAUCUGCGCAUAUUAUUAAGAAGACUGAUAGAUAGAGAAAUGGACCGAGUGCUGCCUAUAGCUUCUUUAGCUCAAAUGGAGAACAUGAACAGGCAUACUGGAAUAGUGCUUAAAAAAGGACAGAUAAAUCACAAUGACAACGGUUUGGAUCAGGCAUGUGAGGGAAACGAUCUUAAGGGGAAGGAAGCAGAACAAAGAUUUAUGUCGCAUGCACUGGAACCCCGUGCCGUCCUUGCUCUUCAUGAACUUGUUUCUUUAGUUCAUGGUCAUGUUAAUGCUGCUGAGCAAAGACAACCAGUGCAAUCUGCUUCAACAACUGCUCCUGCAGCUAGUGUGAAUGAUGAACGCAUCAAAGUCGUGAGACUGAGUUCGUUUGGCUUGGAAGAUGAUCCAGUUGCUAAAAUUUUUUGGACUCUUCAUUCCAUCACUUUAAAAAAUGUAUUUCUUGCCAUGGUGGAAAAUUUCCCAAGAACUUUGGAGGCUUUAAUACUGCACUUGCUUUCACCAGUGGGAGCUGAAGUACUUACUCGUAAAUUUGAUAGAAUGGAUCAACUGAUCACUGAGGAAGAACGGGACAGAUUUUACCAGGCUUUCUAUGGGGCAUUUGACGACCAAUUCGCAGCAAUGGAUGCAAUUUUGAAGGGGAAAGAAUUAUUUGCACUCCAGGUAGAUGGGUACGCAAUAAUGUUCGUAAGAAUAAAUUGGGUCGGGGACGAUUCCGGAAAUAAGAUGUUCAUGGGCUCAUCUACCAUAUGAAGUACUAAGAAAAAUAUCUAUUUGGUAUGAUGGUAUGAACUACCAUGAAAAAAUGAUUAACCUAGAAGUUUGCUGUGAAAGAUCAUAAUAAUAGCCAGGCAUGUAUGAGUUGCAAAAGACGGUACAAAUUUGUGAUUGGCAAAAAAUUAGUUAGUCUUGAUCUCAUAGACUGCUACAGUCAAUUCACGUGGUUCCCGGUGGAGACGGCCACUGUGCUGUUACCCUUUAUUUGUUAAGAUUAUCUAGUCUUGACUAGAGCUGGGCAGGGAACAAGGAUCAUAAGUUCGUAACGAGUUCUUUGUUUUGUUUGCAUGCAAGACCUUAGCAUUUCUAGUUUGCAAUUUUACUGUAAAUUUUUCGAUGGGCAGUGAACCUUAUCACGCUAAUAUAUUGGCACUUCAUAUCAUGCUAAUAUUAUUGCCAUGUAAGUUUGCUUAUGUAUUCAAUUCUUCUUGAUUGUUUUGGAUGUAUAAAUUUUCCCUUUAAUUAGAGUUGUACAGCCAGAAUCCCGCUUCAUUUGAGAAAUUUGGGUUCUACUCAUGAAUUAUUCGAUCUUUUCACCUUGGCAACCUUAUUUCCCCCUAUUAAACACCCUUCGUAGACAAUUCGUUGAGAUGCAGCUUUAUUCUUGUCCUACUUGUAUGUGCGGAGUAAAAUGUUACUUGCUGCUCAUUAACAAAUUAACGCACUUUUACACGAUUCAGAAUCCUCG